AUGACAACCCUUCAACCAACUGCUACGCAGGAUGGUAAAAUCAAUCAAAUGAGAAGAGCCUCGUCAGUGUUGGGACCAAUGAAUAAAAUCUUGGUCGCCAAUAGAGGUGAAAUCCCCAUUAGAAUCUUUAGAACUGCUCACGAAUUGUCAAUGCAAACCGUUGCUAUUUACUCACACGAGGAUAGGUUAUCAAUGCAUAGAUUGAAAGCAGAUGAAUCGUAUGUUAUUGGUAAAAAGGGACAAUACUCUCCUGUUGGAGCUUAUUUACAAAUUGAUGAGAUUAUCGACAUUGCCAAACAACACAAUGUUAACAUGAUUCACCCAGGAUACGGAUUUCUUUCUGAAAAUAGUGAGUUUGCUAGAAAAGUUGAAGAAAAUGGAAUCUUGUGGGUAGGUCCAAGUUACAAAACAAUUGAUGCCGUUGGUGACAAAGUUAGUGCCAGAACAUUGGCAAUUGAAAACGAUGUUCCCGUUGUUCCAGGUACACCUGGUCCAAUUGAUGAUGUUACUGAUGCAAAGAAGUUUGUUGAAAAAUAUGGUUACCCUGUUAUAAUAAAGGCGGCAUUUGGUGGUGGUGGAAGAGGUAUGAGGGUGGUUCGUGAAGGUGAUGAUAUUGAAGAUGCUUUCAAAAGAGCCACCUCUGAGGCAAAGACUGCAUUUGGCAAUGGCACCUGUUUUAUUGAGAGGUUUUUAGACAAGCCAAAACAUAUUGAAGUUCAGUUGUUGGCUGAUAACUACGGUAAUGUCAUACACUUGUUUGAAAGAGAUUGUUCAGUGCAAAGAAGACAUCAAAAAGUUGUUGAAAUUGCUCCUGCUAAAAACUUGCCUAAAGAAGUUAGAGAUGCCAUUUUGACCGAUGCAGUCACUUUGGCCAAGAGCGCCAACUACAGAAACGCCGGUACUGCUGAGUUUUUGGUUGAUGAGCAAAACAGGCAUUAUUUUAUUGAAAUUAAUCCCAGAAUUCAAGUUGAACACACCAUCACCGAAGAAAUCACUGGGGUUGAUAUCGUUGCCGCUCAGAUCCAAAUAGCUGCUGGUGCCUCAUUACAACAAUUGGGAUUAUUGCAAGACAAAAUCACCACUAGAGGCUUUGCGAUUCAAUGUAGAAUAACCACAGAAGAUCCAGCCAAAAAUUUUCAGCCUGAUACUGGUAAAAUCGAGGUGUAUAAAUCAGCUGGUGGUAAUGGUGUCAGAUUAGAUGGUGGUAAUGGAUUUGCCGGUUCAGUCAUUUCCCCUCAUUAUGAUUCCAUGUUGGUCAAAUGUUCAUGUUCUGGUUCUACAUUUGAAAUUGCUCGUAGAAAAAUGUUGCGUGCUUUGAUUGAAUUUAGAAUUAGAGGAGUCAAAACAAACAUCCCAUUCCUUUUGGCACUUUUAACUAAUGACACUUUUAUCAAGGGUGAUUGCUGGACAACUUUUAUUGAUGAUACACCAUCAUUGUUUCAAAUGGUUAGCUCACAAAAUAGAGCCACUAAAUUGUUGUCGUAUUUGGCUGAUCUUUAUGUCAACGGAUCAUCAAUCAAGGGGCAAAUUGGCUAUCCUAAAUUGACCGACGAAGCAUUGAUUCCGGUAUUGCAUGAUCCAAAAACCGGAAUUCCAAUUGAAGUUGGCCAUACCCCACCACCACGUGGAUGGAGACAAGUUUUGUUGGAAGAAGGACCUGAUGCAUUUGCCAAAAAGGUUAGAGAGUUCAAUGGAACUUUGCUUACUGAUACAACUUGGAGAGAUGCUCAUCAAUCGUUGUUGGCUACUAGAGUAAGAACUAUUGACUUGUUAAAUAUUGCACCAACAACAGCUUUCGCUUUAAAUGGAGCUUUCUCACUCGAAUGCUGGGGUGGUGCUACUUUUGACGUUUGUAUGAGAUUCCUUUAUGAGGAUCCAUGGGAUAGAUUAAGAAAAUUGAGAGCUUUGGUGCCAAAUAUCCCAUUCCAAAUGUUGUUGAGGGGUGCUAAUGGUGUUGCUUACUCCUCAUUACCAGAUAACGCAAUUGACCAAUUUGUAAAAGAGGCUAAAGAAAAUGGAGUUGAUAUCUUUAGAGUUUUUGAUGCAUUGAAUGACUUGGAGCAAUUGAAGGUGGGUAUUGAUGCAGUUAAGAAAGCUGGUGGUGUAGUUGAGGCUACUGUAUGUUACUCUGGUGACAUGUUGAAACCUGGGAAGAAAUACAAUUUGGAGUAUUAUUUGUCAGUCGUUGACGAAAUUGUCAAGAUGGGUACUCAUUUCUUGGGUAUUAAAGAUAUGGCUGGUACUUUGAAACCAGCAGCAGCAAGACUCUUGGUGGGAGAAAUCAGAAAGCGUUACCCUGAAUUGCCAAUCCAUGUACACACACAUGACUCCGCUGGUACAGGUGUUGCUUCAAUGACGGAAUGUGCUAAAGCAGGUGCUGAUGUUGUUGAUGCAGCCUCAAACUCAAUGUCAGGAUUAACAUCACAACCAUCAAUCAGUGCCAUCUUGGCAUCAUUUGAGGGAUCUAUUAAUACCGGAUUAUCUGAAUCAUUGGUUAGGGAGUUGGAUACUUACUGGGCCCAAAUGAGAUUGCUCUAUUCCUGUUUUGAAGCUGAUUUGAAAGGGCCAGAUCCAGAGGUUUACUCACACGAAAUUCCUGGUGGCCAAUUGACCAAUUUAUUAUUCCAAGCUCAACAAUUGGGAUUGGGUGAAAAGUGGUUACAAACCAAAGAAACUUACAAAAUUGCCAAUAAGAUUCUUGGCGAUUUAGUUAAGGUCACGCCAACAUCAAAAGUAGUGGGAGAUUUAGCGCAGUUUAUGGUGAGCAACUCAUUAACUGAAGAAGAUGUCAAUCGUCUUGCUUCUGAAUUGGAUUUCCCAGACUCGGUUCUCGAUUUCAUGGAAGGACUCAUGGGCAAACCCUAUGGUGGGUUCCCUGAACCUUUGCGUACAAACAUCUUGGGCAACAAGCGUCAAAAAUUGGACAAGCGUCCCGGAUUGUACUUGAAACCAGUUGAUUUUGCCGCCAUUAGAAAAGAAUUGACUUCAAGGUACGGUUCCCAAAUUGAUGAAACGGACGUUGCUUCAUAUGUAAUGUAUCCAAAAGUUUUUGAAGCUUUUAGGAAACAAGUUGAAAAAUACGGCGAUUUAAGUGUAUUGCCAACGAGGUUUUUCCUCAAGCCAGCAAAUAUUGGUGAAGAAAUUGUCGUUGAUAUUGAAAAGGGUAAAACUUUGAUUAUUAAAUUGUUGGCCGUGGGUGAAAUUUCCGAAAAGACUGGUACUCGUGAAGUGUUUUUCGAAUUGAAUGGUGAAAUGAGAUCGGUUUCAGUUGAAGAUAAUACGGUGUCAGUGGAGACCAAAACUAGACCUAAAGCAUCUGCUCCUAAUGAUGUUGGUGCGCCAAUGGCUGGUGUUGUUAUUGAAGUUAGAACCCACAAGCAUCAAGAAGUCAAGAAGGGUGAUCCCAUUGCCGUCUUGUCUGCUAUGAAGAUGGAGAUGGUUAUUAGUGCUCCGGUUAGUGGUGUUGUGGAUGAUUUAUUGGUGAGAGAAGGUGAUUCCGUCGAUGCUAAUGAUUUGAUUACAAGUAUCUUGAAAGCCUAG